UGAUGAUGUCACGGCCGGGAUGCCAGGCCCACGUGCGGGCAGCAGUGGGUUCCAGCCUCGGGGAGGGUCGACAAUAACCAGACUGCCUAGCACAGGCGCAGUCAAAUGCGGAGCUAGGAAACUAACCUAACCAGUCCCGGAUUAUCGCGUUCACCUAAAUUUCUACCGACGAUAACGCGGGACGCUUCCUCGCUCAAAUUCGGCGCUGUUUUUAUGUCACCUUGCGUCUCCCCCCACCCCCUCGAUGAUGAUUUGCGGGGAAGAUGCGCCUGUCUGAAAUUUCCGUUGACCUUCGCCUCCGCUCAACAGCAUCGAAGCAUUGUGAAGCGCUGCCACUACAGGAGCGCCCCGGCUCCUGCCGCUGCCCCACUUAACCUCCCGUUCUUGCUAGAAAUACAGGUGCUCCGACUGCCUUCUAGCCGCUAAUCUUUGAUUUUCUUUUUAAUCAAUCAAGACCGAGGCAGAUGCCCCUCGCUCUGUCAACCCGGCUUGUACUAUGGUGGAGUUUCCAUCUCUCAGUCCCUACUGGCCUCUCAUCCGCUUUCUGGUGCCUUUGGCUAUCACCAAUGUUGCCAUCGACCUCGGGGAACAGGCCCUCAACAGGGGCAUAGCCACAGUCAAAGGGGAUGCAAUUCAAAUGCUGGCCAGCUAUGGCCUGGCCUACUCCCUGAUGAAGUUCUUCACUGGACCCAUGAGCGACUUCAAGAAUGUGGGUUUGGUGUUUGUCAACAGCAAGAGGGACCGGAGGAAGGCUGUAUUCUGCAUGGUGGCGGCUGGAGUCAUUGCAUUCGUCCUGCACAUCUUGAUAGCUUACACAGAUUUAGGAUACUACAUCAUUAAUAAGCUCCACCAUGUGGAUGACUCUGUGGGGAACAAGACAAGAAAGGCUUUCUUAUACUUGGCUGCAUUCCCUUUGCUGGAUGCAAUGGCAUGGAUUCAUGCAGGGAUACUUCUCAAGCACAAGUACAGCGUAAUAGUAGGCUCAGCCUCGAUCUCUGAUGUUGUGGCCCAGAUUGUGUUUGUGGCCAUACUCCUCCACAGUAACCUGGAAUGUGUGGAACCGUUACUCAUCCCAAUCCUUUCCCUGUAUAUGGGUGCCUUGGUCCGUUUUAGCAUUGUCGGUCUGGGUUACUACUGUAACAUUCACGACAACAUCCCAGACUCUAGUGGACUUGAUGUGGGGGGCGAUGCCACCAUCAAAAAGAUGCUGAGUUUCUGGUGGCCCCUGGCCCUCAUCCUGGCCACUCAGCGCAUCAGUCGACCCAUCGUCAACCUCUUUGUGUCUCGUGACCUCAAGGGGACCACUGAGGCUACAGAGGCUGUGGCUGUGCUCACAGCCACAUACCCUGUGGGUCACAUGCCCUACGGUUGGUUAACUGAGCUGAGAGCAGUGUACCCUGCCUUUGACAAGAACAAUCCAAGCAACAAGCUGAACGCUGGCAGUCCCGUCACCAAGUCGCAUAUUAAAAAGUUCACAUUCUGCUGUCUGGCUCUAUCACUCACGCUUUGCUUCGUGGUGUUUUGGACUCCAAAUGUAUCAGAGAAGAUCCUGGUUGAUGUCAUUGGAGUGAAGUAUCCUUUUGCUGAGCUGUGUGUGGUCCCGCUCCGAAUUUUCUCCUUUUUUCCCUUGCCAGUGACUGUUCGGGCUCAUUUGACUGGAUGGCUCAUGACCCUGAAAAAGACCUUUGUGCUGGCCCCCAGCUCAGUUCUCCGCAUCAUUGUCCUCAUCACCAGUCUAGUUGUGCUGCCUUAUAUGGGGGUUCAUGGGGCCACGCUCGGGGUUGGAUCCCUCCUGGCUGGUUUCAUAGGGGAGUCGACAAUGGUUGCCAUAGCAGCGUGCUAUGUUUAUCGACAACAGAAGAACAACGAGAUGUCAAAUGAGCUGGUGGUGGAGGGCGAGGACUCUGCCCCCAUGAGCGAGGUGUGCUCCAGGACUCAGAUGGACGCCAUUGAGGAACUCCAGGAAGAGGAGGAGGAGGAACAGGAGUGAAAUCUGACAGCAGGGGAAGGUAAAGCCAACCUCCACAUGGAACUUUACUGAAGAGGAGGCCGCUGAGUGUGACAGUACUGGAGAGCAGAGAGGACCUGAGUAUGGUUUGGUUUAAGAGGUUCUCCCAACAGAACUGAAUUUUCAGUAAGAGUGACAAGGUCUUCUUCACGUCGACCUACACACCAUUAAAACGCACACUGUAAAGAAAGCCAUGCACCUUCAAGUGUUCAUCCAUCAGCGUAAAUACCUUUGUCUUCCGACCUUUUCAACAGUUCUCAUAGUUUUGCAUCAUCACAUUAGCGGGUGUAUUAACCACUUUCAUGUGUUUACUGGUAAACAAGGGAAAUCGACACAGGAGAACUUUUCCUCCUCAGCAGCCAGAAUGAAACGUCUGUCGAGUGGUAGUGGAGUUGCCAAAACACAGAGUUCAUUAUUUUAUGUUAUUUUAUCAAGAUUAAGUGGCAAGGCCUUGCUUGAAUUCAAAUAUAGACAUGUUGUGGGACUUGUUGGGUUGUGCAAUCGUAUUUUACAUACAAUGAUGUACAGAUUAUUGUUGUUUUAUAUAGGUAAUGCAAUGUGUAUAUUUAAUUGCCCAGAGGGGUCAGGAAUCCCUCAUUAUAUCAUUGCGUGUUACAGAAUACAGUUAUGAUUGUUAACUUUCCAUGCAGUCUGGGAGUCGAUCUACUUUUGUUUUGCCAAGCAUUUUCCUGGUAGUAUUCAGACUGUCAUAUGUACUGUAUAUAUUGUAUAGGCAUUCUUAUUUGGCAAAUAAAUUGCUUUAUUAUUAA